AUGUCGACAACUACUUCAAUCAGCUCUGGCUCAGACAGGCUAGAUGCUUGGACACGACGAUCACAGCCUAAAAUCGAGAUAUAUCUUGUAGGUCAAAAGCCGGGACAUGUCAACUCUUACACCACCGGAGAGAGUAUUGAUGGCACUAUAACCGUCACCGUUGAGCAUGAGACUCGAUUUGAUGAGAUUGAGAUCGUGUUUGAAGGUAUAUCUCGAACUACGGUAGAACGGGCAUCAUGUCCCGGCCGCACGGGAUCGCAACAGAUGUUCCUUAAGUUGCGCCAACCCAUUGAUGAAAUGGAGUAUCCGACCCCUCGAGUGCUAGAAGGUGGCCGAUCAUAUGAAUACCCUUUCACAUUCGUCGUCCCAGAUCGCCUGCUCCCCCAGGUUUGCGCCCAUACCAAGAAGAAUGCUCACAUUCAACGAUCCCAUACUAUGCUUCCGCCAACAUUGGGUGAUCCCAUCCUUGCUAGCAACGGCAAGACACUACUAGAUGACAUGGCACCCACCAUGUCCCAGAUUGCCUACGUGGUUCGAGCGUGUGUCCUUCAGAAACCACUCGUCGGCCAAGGAGUCGUGGCCAUCGCCGGCGUUGGCAAGAAAAUCCGCAUCAUCCCAACAGUUGAAGAAGAACCUCCUAUUGAAAUUUCCUCAAGCCCAUCUCUCUGCACGCGCAAAGAGAAGACCGUCAAGCGCGGAACUUUGCGAGGCAAAUUGGGACGGAUCGUCGCUUCAUCCUCCCAGCCCAGACCCAUCCAGUUGCUUUCCCCGAACGGCGAGCCAACUGAUACCGUCAGCACCGUGGCUACCGUAAACCUGCGGUUUGAUCCAGUCGGCGACGAACAGCCUCCCCCACUCGGAACAAUGACCAGCAAACUCCGUGUCAACACAUUCUUCAGUUCUUCCCCAUGGGAGGACUUCCCUUCCACGACCGGCAUGCCCUAUGCCCAGAUAGGAUGCGGCCUGUACACAGAAAGCGUCCCUCUGUUGACCAUGUGUGUUGCAUCCGCUCGGUGGACAAAGAAAUCCACAGCCGUCGACCAUCUCCGCCGCGACUCUACCGACUCAUCAUCAUCCGAUUCGUCAACCGGCCCCUCCUCCACAUUCACUGGAGACACUUACUACACCGCAUCAGUGGUAGUCCCCGUCACUCUACCCGCGUCCAAGGCUUUCGUACCAACUUUCCACGCCUGCCUGAUGUCUCGCGUUUACGCCCUCGAUCUCUCCUUGACAUAUCACACCCCCGCAACCAAUAUCAUGACACCGACGAUCUCCCUCCGCCUCCCGGUCCAAUUCACGAGCGUAGCUACGCCCGCUGAAUCGCUAAAGGCUGCACUCGGUAUCACAGUAACACAGCAAGAGCUGGAUGAGUUCUUCUGCCCACGAAAUGUGACAUCUCCUACCGACUUCUCAAGCCACAAUCUCAACAAUGUGGUUGUUGACAUGGGCCUUGCCCCGCCGGAGUACACAGAAAGACUGAGCACGCUGAGAGCCCGCCACUAA